AUCGGUAAUUUCAAAAUGGCGUUGUAUUCACCCUGUAGGUGAAGUGAGCGAUCGGUGAGUUUUUUUCACCUCGUUUGGGACGGUGUUCGCGCUCCGUGACCCGCAACUAAUGCUCACGAACACAUCGACUCCGGCGUAAGAUCCGAAUUUUUUCCGGACAUCCUCCGAACCGAACGGCGAAACGGCAUCUAAAUUAUCCCCGUGGUUUUGUUACUCUUUCGAAGCCUAAAUCAGGCUAGCACAGUGGCAUCUUUCGAGAUACGGCGGCUAAGCCUAAAAAAGCUGCAUACUUAACCCUAAAACAAUUUGAAUUUCGCCUGAGCGGACUGUCUCAUUAGCCCGAGCUGGUCGGGUCCGCGCCGACGAAUCGCGCUCGGACCCGAGGCAGCGCUCGUGGACGGAACUCCGACGGAGACGGGUUCUUUCAGCGGACCGAACCCGGGAUGUGAUCGGCGGCGCGCCAGUCGAAGACGGCAGCAGCCCGACGUCGUUCAUCGGCGACGACGACCAUGGCGGAUACCCGAAGACGAGUGAAAUUGUACGCCUUGAACGCCGACCGGCAGUGGGAUGACCGCGGUACGGGCCACGUCUCUUCGUCGUACGUCGACCGGCACAAGGCGAUGUCCCUCCUCGUCCGAGCCGAGUCCGACGGUUCUUUACUUUUGGAAUCAAAGAUUCAACAGGACACUGCCUAUCAAAAGCAACAGGAGACGCUGAUCGUGUGGUCCGAGGGUGACAACUAUGACCUGGCCCUCAGCUUCCAGGAGAAAGCGGGCUGUGACGAGAUAUGGGAGAAGAUAUGCCAGGUACAGGGCAAGGACCCGUCGGUGGACAUCACGCAGGACGUGGUGGAGUCGGAGGACGAGCGGUUGGAGGAGGGGGCGGACGGGGGCCCCGGCUCGUCGUCCCUGCCCCCCGUGGAGCUGCCCCCCUGCGAGGCGUCCCGGCUGGAGGAGCUGUGCGAGCUGCUCCAGAGCUGCCUGCCCUCGCCCAUGCGCAGGGACAAGCUGGCCACUGCCCUGGAGGAGCAGGACUAUGUCCGUCGCCUCCUUGCCCUCUUCCGCUCCUGCGAGCAGCUGGACGACCGACAGGGCCUGCACCAGCUGUACGACAUCUUUAAGGGCAUGUUCCUGCUGAACAAGAACGCCCUGUUUGAUGCCAUGUUUGCCGAGGAUGCCAUCCUGGACGUGGUUGGGGUGCUGGAGUACGAGCCGGGGGGUCCCCAGCGCCGCCGGCACCGGGACUACCUGUGCCAGGUGUCCCGCUUCCGGGAGGUGAUCCCCCUGGGCAACCCCGAGCUGUUAGCCAAGAUCCACCAGACCUACCGGGUCCAGUACAUCCAGGACGUGGUGCUGCCCACCCCGUCCGUCUUCGAGGAGAACAUGCUCUCCACCCUCUCCUCCUUCAUCUUCUUCAACAAGGCCGACAUUGUGUCCAUGCUGCAGGAGGACGAGAAGUUCCUGAGCGAGCUGUUUGCCCAGCUGACGGACGAGGCGACGGACGACGACAAGCGGAGGGACCUGGUGCUCUUCCUCAAGGAGUUUUGUACAUUCUCGCAGACGCUACAGCCGCAGUGUAGGGAGUCCUUUUUUAAGACACUUUCAAGUUUAGGCAUUCUACAAGCAUUGGAAAUUACAUUGGGUAUGGAGGACCCCGUGAUCAAGACGGCCUCCAUCGACAUUCUCUCCUACUUAGUGGACUACAGUCCGUCCAUGGUGCGCGAGUAUGCCUUCCAGCAGUCCAAUAUGCAGGACGACGAUCAACUUCUGAUCAACGUUAUCAUAGAGCAGAUGAUUUGUGAUCCAGACCCAGAACUUGGCGGAGCUGUUCAGCUCUCUGGAAUCCUCCGGUUAUUGCUGGACCCCGAGAACAUGCUCUCGCUUGACACUAAGUCUGAAUUCCUCAACUUCUUCUACAAGCACUGCAUGCACGUGCUGAUCGCACCAGUCCUGGCCAACACCACCGGUGAUGCACCGAGCAGAGAGUGUGGCCAGACUGCUCAGCUGCUGGGCCUCAUCGUGGAGCUGCUGUCGUUCUGUGUGGAGCACCACAGCUACCACAUCAAGAACUAUGUGCUGCACAAGGACCUGCUGCGCAGGGUGCUGGUGCUCAUGCGCUCCAAGUUCACCUUCCUGGUGCUGUGCGCCCUGCGCUUCAUGCGCCGCAUCGUGGGCCUCAAGGACGAGUUCUACAACCGCUACAUCGUCAACGGGAACCUGUUCGGCCCUGUGGUGGACGCCUUCCGCCGCAACGAGGGACGCUACAACCUCCUCGACUCGGCUGUGCUCGAGCUCUUCGAGUUUAUACGCGUGGACGACGUGAAGACGCUGUGCCUGCACGUGGUGGACCGCUACGGCAAGGUGCUGGACAAGGUGGACUACGUGCAGACGUUCAAGUCGCUACGGCUGCGUUACGAGCAGCACCAGGAGCGGCUGAAGGAGCGGCCCUCCCUCGAGAGCAUGCCCUCCAUCCUGCGGGGCGGGGGCGUGGUCGGAGGGGGGCCCGUGGUGGGGACCGGACUCGGGGUGGGCGGGGCCGGCCGCUUUCGGCGGGACCCCCGUCAACUGGAGGAGGACGAGGAGAUGUGGUUCAACGACGAGGAGGAAGACCUGGAGGAGCCCCCGGAGGGGCCUGGGGGCACCGCAGUGGGGGCCGGGGCGGACUCCUUCAGCCGCCGGCUGGACGCCGAGUUCGACCAGCUGGGCAAGAUCCUCGACAAGAAGGCGCAAGAGCGGGAGGGCAAGGAGAACGUGCGGACGCUGAACCGGUCAGGCUCCCCCGUGCUGAACAACAGCGCGGGUCGGAGAAGCCCCUCCAACCCCGCGGGAGGCCCGCUGAGCCCCACCACCGUGGUGGAGGUCAAGUCCCCCACGGGGUCCCUCCCCAGAAAGGGCGGCCUGGUGGACUACCCCGACGAGGACUCCGACGAGGAGGAAGAGGAGGAGGAGGGCUCGGCGGCCAUCUCCUCUCCCAAGCGGCCGAGGCUGUCCUCUUAGCGCCUCCUCCGUUCGGCCUCUGCUCCCGCCCCUCUCGCAUCUCACCACGAACAUUGACCAACCAUCGUCUCCGGCCCCGCCCCGCCGGAAGCCUCGCGGCGGACCGCAAAGACGGCCGCCCCGGCUGGGGGGCACGAGGAGAUAACCACCCGACGGAACACUACCGGAAACAGCACUGCCUCUCACCGCCUCCCCCAAACCCCUCCCUCCCCACUUUCCCGCGCGUCCCCUCCACCCUCUUCAAGGAAGAGGGAACGAUCUCCUACGCCCUUCUCUCCUCGCUCUGCUCUCUCGCCCCCUCCCAUUCCCCCCUCCCCUCCCUUGUACAUAGUUAUACAUAUUGAUAGUUAUACAUAUGUAUACAUACAUGAAACGUACUUGCAGCAUACAUAUUGCAAAUUUAUACAUAUAUAUAUGUAUAUGCCGUACCAUCAUCGGACGACGACGACGACGCUCUUCUGUGUGUGCUAGCAGCCAAGCCCAAAAGCGUGGUGGCACCUAGAGGGGGGAGGGUACAAGGGUGUGUGUGCAUGGGGUGCAAGAAAAGGAGGCCGGGAUUUCGACAGCAUGUCACUCAAGUCCUUCUUUUUCUUUUUUUUUUUAUCGUAACUUUGGUUACGUUUUUUUUUGUUGGAGUCCUCUUUUUUUCUUUUAAGAAAAAGGAGGGGGGGUAGGCAGAGGGGCCAGUUGCCGUCAGGAAGUGUCAAAAAAAGAUGUUAAAAAAAGAUCUCUGUCGACAAGACAGAAGAUGGGACCUGUGGUCUCUGCGACGAAUUGCCGACAGUAACAACAAUGCGGAAGCGACGAAUGCAACGCCCUUGCCCGUUCUUUCAUUCUGGUCUGUUUUCAUUCCAUCACUUUGCUGCUUUUUUUUUUUUUUCUCUCUUCUGGGGUUUGUCAUUAUUUGUCCCCUUCCUCCCUUACUUCCACUUCCCUGCCCGUCUUUUAUUGUAAUUACUCGCGACAGAGAGGCGGGGACUCGGACAGAUUGUGUGUGUGCAGCGUCUCGAGUGCGUCGCGCAAAGUGAAGCGGCACCGUUUUCUCGAGGACCUCCAAAGUGCAAAUGGGACACAAGGACAAACGAAGCAACGGAACGGCCGCAUCCGUAAACCACGGGAACGUUUUUCACGGCGGCUUUUCCCCUGACGAGUCGCCGCAACGGUGCAAAGGUGAACCUGUGCGCAUAGAAACGGCGACGCCGGAAAAAAAAAGAACAGCCAACGACCAGCGUUACUGCGUUGGUCCCCCUCUUUCUCUUUCCUUCUCGCCUUUUUUUUUCUCCCUUCCAAAGAAUACAGUUUUUUGCUGCAGAGGUAGGGCUAUUGUGUCCGUAGAGUAUAUUCUUUCCUGGUGUUGUUUUCUUUUUAUUAAAAAUAAAAACAAGUUGUUUCAGCUGUGAA